AGAAAAACGAGAAAGAAUAAAAAAGUUCACCGACUCAAGUCCUCAAGUCCACUCUAUAUAUGCCUCUUUCCGUCCUCCAUCGACCCAGAAGAAUCUGAUACCAAACCCUAGCUUCACCAGGAGUCUCGAAAUCAGAUCUGUUCCAACUCCGGUCAACGAUUCCGAACACUACUCCGAUUAUGGGCUCCAAGAAAUCUGAUUUCGGUGAUGGCGCUAGCCCCGGAAAAAUCUUUAUCGGGGGUCUUGCAAAGGAUACUACGUUAGGUAUUAUUUAAUUCUUUCGCGGCUGUACCUUCGCUAGAGAUUUGCUUGUUUAUUACCUUAUGAACAGAAAAUAAUUUGUUUCUUGUGAUGUUUGAGUCCUGUGGUUGAACAAGGGUGGUCAUUGUUAAUUCAUGUAUCAAGGUGCAAUUUGGAGAGUAAACUGAUAAAAUUGAUGACCUUUUUGUGUUUUUCUUGUUGCUGGAUAUUUAUUUUUAUUUCUUUCACAUUAAUUUGAGGUAUUUGAAAUUAAUUUUUACUACUUUAGACCUGAUUAUGGGGAAAAUUGGCCUGGGAUGAGCUUUAUGUGUUUUCUUUGUUUUUGGAUGUCCGUAUUUUCUUUUUUGAUCAUAUGUAGUAGGUAUUGCCCUUUUUGAUGAGUUGGGGUGUUUUUCCAGAUCAAUUUGUGAAGUACUUCGGGAACUAUGGAGAGAUAACGGAUUCAGUGAUAAUGAAGGACAGGCACACUGGGAGACCUCGUGGUUUUGGGUUUAUUACAUAUGCCGACCCUUCUGUGGUUGACACGGUCAUAGCUGAAACCCACAUCAUUAAUGGGAAACAGGUUGAAAUCAAAAGAACUAUUCCCAAAGGAGCCGCUGAGGCUAAAGAUUUCAAGACAAAGAAGAUUUUUGUUGGUGGAAUUCCUACAGCUGUAACUGAAGAUGAGCUGAAUGGCUUCUUCUCAAAGUUUGGGAAAGUGGUAGAGCAUGAGAUUAUCAGAGAUCAUGUCACCAAACGUUCUAGAGGCUUUGGGUUCAUUGUUUUUGAUAACGAGCAAGUUGUCGACGACUUGCUGGCUGAUGGAAAUAUGAUUGACAUGGCUGGUACCCAGGUUGAGAUCAAGAAAGCCGAACCAAAGAAACCCUCAAACCCAGCACCCGGUCCUGCUUAUGCUAGUGAAUCUAGGGGUCGUGCAUAUGACUUUGGAGCAUAUCCUAAUUCUUAUAGCAAUUUUAGCAAUGGUGGUUUUGGCCCUUCUCCUUAUAGGUCAUUUGGAACUGGUGGUAUUGGUGGUAGAUUCAGUGAUUAUAAUAGUGCCUAUAAUAACAGUGCUGGUGAGUUUGGUGGUCGCUAUGGCGACUAUGGAAGUGACUAUGUUGGAUAUCGUGAACCUUCACUUGGCUAUUCGAGUCGCUUUAGCUCUUAUGGCAGUGGAUUCAGUGGGGGGUAUGGUAGUGGAUUUGGGCCUUAUGGCCGUGGAGGUGGUUACGGCAGUUAUCCAGGGGGUGGUACAGGUGCUGGGUAUGAAUCUGGCCAUGGUGCCAGUGGUUAUAGUACAGGACCAUAUGGAAGUAGAGCAGGCUAUAGUGGUGCACGUUAUCAUCCCUAUUCAAGGUAGACUUCUUCCUAAGCACUUCCUGUAGGUGUUGCAUUCCGGGUCCCUUGGUUGCAUCGUCAGACUCAGGGUUGGUUAGAUAUUUCAAGCAGUAGCAAGGAGACUAGAAGAGCAUCACCUGUGUUUAGGGAAACUGGAUUUAGACGAUUUGGAUUUGUUAUGUUGUCUUUUCUAGUUAAGACUUCUCUAUGGAACUUGUGGUUUAGUUAGAAGCUCUUUCUAUUUGUACUUUAAGGGAUGUUGCUAGAAACUUUUUUGUCUCUGGGUGUUAUGAUAAAUUAGAUAUUUAUAGUAAAUCACGUUAGAAUUUCCCCCUGUAGAAUGUUGCUUAGAUUGGUCUAAAGAUGAUUUUGGGGCUAGUUUGUUGGCUUCGCAGCUGCUGAAUUGCAUGUUAGUGCACAUGAGUGUUUGGCUGAUAUUCUAAUCUCUAAGCUUUGUUUUGAGAUUGCUUUAUGUAUGGUAACUGCCAUCCUCGAUUUUCUAUUUUCUAAUUUACUUUGGCAUCAGUUGUGUGCUUUCACACUGGCACUUUUAACAUUGAGAACUUGAAUAGCUGCCCUUUACCUGUUUGGCUGAGAUUUUAAGUAAGUGAUCUCUUAACCUUUGUUUGAGAUUGCUUACAUAAGGGUAAAUGCUGCAAUCCAUAAUUUGAUACGAGUCGUGCAUACAUAGCACAUUUAAUCUGCUGCCUUUAAAUUUAGUGCUUAGUUAUGAUUUUUAUUAGCAUGUAAAUGCAUCCAAAUAAUUUGUUGGGUGCUAUUAUGUAUAAGCUGUUUGUUAUGGGACUAUCACAUCUUGGAUUUCCUUGCGAGUUAACUUGCUAUGUAGCAAGUGAAGUAAGUGCAUAUGUUUGGGGCUACUGCUGUUUUUUUGUAUGCUCUUCAAUUGCUAUCAUGUCUGCCAGCUGAGAUUCAGAUAUCUGUAAGAAUGAUGCUGUUUUUGGGUAUGCUCUUCAAUUACUAUCAUGUCUGUCGCUGAGAUUCUGAUGUUUGUAAGAAUGAGAUUUUUACCAGGAUUUAUUUGUUGGGUCACUGCUGUUCUUGGGUAUGAUCUUCCAUUACUUCUAUGUUUUUUGCUGAAAUUCAGAUGUUCAUACAUAUGGUUUUUUUUUUCCCUCCUAGAUGUUUAAGUGGCAGGUAUGUUAAUUUUGGUUGCCCUUCUGUUUCAACCAACCAUAUUUGUAAAAUUUCAUGUGACACUCUGGGAUUUUGUUCAUUCAUAAAGCUGAUUAUUGUACAAUUUGGCUCACUUGAUAAAAUUUCAGAUGUAAUUUUCAUAUGAUACAUAUUUGAGUUUCCCUUUUCAACCAACUUGAUACAGGUAAAUUGUAAUUAGUUCUGGUGUAAGGAAUGAUAGAACUUGUGAUACUUAUUGUUAACACAAUUGUAAGUGAGAACUAUUCGAGAAUCGCUUGCAAAUCAAUGCUGGAGGCUUAUUCAUAGACUAAAUAAAUUGAAUUAAUUUGAUACUCCCUCUGUGCCCGAAGUAAAGAUGGUGAAACGUCCCCAUAGGGAAGUAUACAAUGUAAUGGAAGGAGUGUUUUGAGUGGUGUCACCUUGGAGAUUUAUCUUGCAACAAGCAGCGAAGGCAACAUUGAAAAAUUUAUUACAAGCUGGUGGGAAUAUUUUGUGAGUCGAUAGGGCAACAUUUGACCAAUGAAGACAAGAUUAAAAACCGGCAAGCGCGUCAAUUGGAGCUUAAGUUUGGAGCUUUAGUUCUCCGUCUCGUUGAUAGAAUUUCUAGCCGUUUUGGUCAUUUAGGUGUUCGUUAUUUCAUAAUCCAGCUUGUACAUCGAAACCUUGAUCAGGCUAUUACAUGGAUUUUUGCAAUAUGAUAUGGGAAGGGUCGUUUGGCUUUUCUAAUCCAGCUUCUACAGUAGCUUUUUGUGCUCAAAACCUUUAUCAAGCUAUUAAAGUCUUGCUGAUUAUUGCAAUAUGAUGUGCAAAUUUGGGUGUUCAUCCUUGAUUCUUAUAUGGUGCAUCAUGGUUCACCAUACUUAGUGCACGGG